AUGGAUUACAAUCACGUUGACCAACUAUUUCACCAGUCUGCUGAAAAAGGCGACCUGGAAAUUCUGCUAUUAUUCCAGAAAGAAGCAAUGCUAAUGGCAGCCAAAAAUGGUUUCGAUAAAAUUGUUGAAGUUCUGGUUGAGUACGGCACCAAUUACGGCACCGAUAUCAACGCAACAGAUUCGGAUGCGAAAACUUUGUUAAUGUUGGCAUCAGAAAAUGGCCACAUCAAUUUGGUACGCUUUCUGGUGGAAAAGAAUGCCGAUGUUAACACAGAAAACUCGAACGAGGAAACGCCGUUAACGUUGGCAUCAGAAAAUGGCCAUAUCGAUGUGGUACGGUAUUUGUUGAAACGUGGAGCAAAUGCUAAUGCAGGGACUAGUCAACUGGUGAUUCUUUGCGCUGAAUAUUGUCAUACGUUUUCAUAG